AAGUUCAGGGGGGGUGUUGCAGUUGCUGUCGCUGCGGUCUUCAUCGCUGCCGUCACAGUUGACUCGUUUUGGCUCGUCCUCGGAAGCCAUUUUUACCACAGCCAUGGCCUUGGUGUCAGCAGAUUCACGAAUAGCUGAACUACUCUCGGAGCUCCAUCAACUGAUCAAGCAAACUCAGGAAGAACGAUCACGAAGUGAACAUAACCUGAUCAACAUCCAGAAGACACAUGAGCGAAUGCAGACAGAAAACAAAAUCUCUCCCUACUUCCGGACUAAGCUUCGAAGUCUCUACACCACAGCCAAGGCAGAUGCAGAGGCAGAGUGCAAUAUUCUUCGAAGAGCUCUGGAUAAGAUUGCUGAGAUCAAGUCUCUCCUGGAAGAAAGGCGUAUUGCGGCUAAAAUCGCAGGAUUGUACAAUGAUUCAGAACCUCCACGGAAAACCAUGCGCCGAGGGGUGCUGAUGACACUGUUGCAACAGUCAGCCAUGACAUUGCCCCUAUGGAUUGGGAAACCUGGGGACAAGCCUCCACCCCUCUGUGGGGCCAUUCCAGCUUCAGGGGACUACGUAGCAAAGCCAGGUGAUAAGGUGGCUGCUCGGGUGAAAGCUGUGGAUGGGGAUGAGCAGUGGAUUCUGGCAGAAGUGGUCAGUUAUAGUCAUGCUACCAACAAAUAUGAAGUUGAUGACAUUGAUGAGGAAGGUAAAGAAAGACACACCUUAAGCCGAAGACGCAUCAUCCCACUACCACAAUGGAAGGCCAAUCCUGAGACAGAUCCUGAAGCUUUAUUCCAGAAGGAUCAGCUUGUUCUGGCACUGUACCCCCAAACUACCUGCUUCUACCGGGCUUUGAUCCACACUCCUCCACAACGGCCCCAGGAUGACUACUCUGUCCUAUUUGAAGAUACCUCUUAUGCAGAUGGCUACUCUCCUCCCCUCAAUGUGGCCCAGAGGUAUGUGGUGGCCUGCAAGGAACCCAAGAAGAAAUGAGGUUCGGUUUGGCUGAAUCAUGGACUUCGUUGACUUGCCUUUGUUUACCUGACUCAUCUGCCAUGCCCUCUUCAGGGGGAAAUUGAUGUAUCAUUCACUGCGGACUAAUAAAUAUACAGCCCUGUCCCCCA